AUGUCUGCUGAUACUUCUGGUGCGACAGAAUUCAAGACUAAGUUUAGUGAAAUGGUUAAAACAGAGGAAUUAUCUCCAGAACAAGUCUAUAAUAUGGACGAGACCGGACUAAACAUUAAAAUGUUACCGGAAACAACUUUUCUAGGCAGUCAUGAACAGUCUGCCUCUGGCUUCAAAAAGAACGAAGAACGUAUUACAGUGGCCGUUUCUUCGAAUGCAGCAGGGACUCAUAAAAUUCCUCUUUUCGUUAUUGAUUUAGCAAACAAAGAACAAGAGGAAGAUGAUGAGUGUAGUGACGUUGAAGAGGAGAAAACAGUUUCUCACGAAGAAGCCAAAAAUGUGAUGGAAAUUGCAUUGAAAUACAUUGAGCAGCAACAUGAGUCAACAGCAUUAGACGUUUUGAGGAGCGCUUUUGUCAUUUUGGCGCUUUGCGUCGCCGGUAUUUUUGCGAAUGCCAGCACGGAUACACUUGUGAGGAAAGAACGCGCAGCUGAGGGCUAUGAUUAUCCUCCACCAGUUAUUCCAUUCCCCGAACCAACCAGAAGACCACCACCACCACCAACAUACUUACCACCCACUAACAAACCACAGCCACCAGCACCUAAGCCAACGACGCGUGCUCCACCACCACCGGUGACACGCCCACCACCACCACCACCACCAACUUAUCUGCCACCAACCAACAAACCACAGCCACCAGCACCUAAGCCAACGACGCGACCACCACCACCGCCGGUAACACGUCCACCAGCACCCAAGACAACUCGUCCACCUCCACCAGUGACAAGGCCACCACCAACAUACUUGCCACCCACCAAUAAGCCACAGCCUCCAGCACCGAAACCAACCACUCGACCACCACCACCAGUAACUCGUCCACCACCAGUGGAGCGUACCACAUACAUUUACAACCCGCCAGAAAAUCCUCUAACUUAUCCUCCACCAACGAACAAACCACAACCUCCAGCGCCAAAACCAACCACUCGCCCACCUCCACCACCACCACCACCAGUGACAAGACCACCACCAACUUACUUGCCACCAACCAACAAACCUCAGCCCCCAGCACCGAAACCAACGACGCGUCCACCACCACCACCUGUAACUCGUCCACCAGCACCGAAGACAACUCGUCCUCCUCCUCCGGUAACGAGACCGCCACCAACAUACUUGCCCCCCACCAAUAAACCACAGCCUCCAGCACCAAAACCAACUACUCGUCCACCUCCACCAGUAACUCGUCCUCCUCCACCGAAGACAACGCGUCCCCCUCCUCCACCAGUGACAAGACCCCCACCACCACGUACUACUCCAGGACCAACUUACCUGCCACCAACUAACAAACCACAGCCUCCAGCACCAAAACCAACUACUCGUCCACCACCACCACCAGUAACUCGUCCACCAGCACCGAAGACAACUCGUCCUCCUCCUCCAGUAACGAGACCACCACCAACAUACUUGCCACCAACCAAUAAACCCCAACCUCCAGCACCGAAACCAACCACUCGCCCACCACCACCCGUCACCCGUCCUCCAGCACCAAAAACGACUCGUCCCCCUCCUCCAGUGACGAGGCCACCACCAACCUACUUACCACCCACAAACAAACCACAACCACCAGCGCCUAAGCCAACUACUCGUCCACCACCACCAGUGACUCGCCCUCCACCACCCAAGACUACGCGUCCACCCCCUCCACCAGUAACAAGACCACCACCCCCACGUACUACUCCAGGACCAACUUAUCUGCCACCAACCAACAAACCACAACCACCAGCACCAAAACCAACUACUCGCCCACCACCACCACCAGUAACUCGUCCACCAGCACCGAAGACAACUCGUCCUCCUCCUCCGGUAACGAGACCACCACCAACUUAUUUGCCACCAACCAACAAACCUCAGCCACCCGCACCAAAACCAACUACUCGUCCACCACCACCAGUCACACGUCCACCCCCACCCAGGACGACACGUCCACCAGUGCCAGUGACGAAACCACCUCCAACCUACUUACCACCCACAAACAAACCACAGCCACCAGCACCUAAGCCAACAACUCGUCCACCACCACCAGUGACUCGUCCUCCACCACCGAAGACUACGCGUCCACCUCCUCCACCAGUAACAAGACCACCACCACCACGUACUACUCCAGGACCAACUUACCUGCCACCAACCAACAAACCGCAGCCUCCAGCACCAAAACCAACUACUCGUCCACCACCACCACCAGUAACUCGUCCACCAGCACCGAAGACAACUCGUCCUCCUCCUCCAGUGACUAGGCCACCACCAACAUACUUGCCUCCUACUAAUAAACCCCAACCUCCAGCACCAAAACCAACUACUCGUCCACCACCACCAGUAACUCGUCCACCAGCACCGAAGACAACUCGUCCUCCUCCUCCAGUAACGAGACCACCACCAACAUACUUGCCACCAACCAACAAACCACAACCACCAGCACCAAAACCAACUACUCGCCCACCACCACCACCAGUAACUCGUCCACCAGCACCGAAAACAACACGUCCUCCUCCUCCAGUAACGAGGCCACCACCAACUUACUUGCCACCCACAAACAAACCCCAACCACCAGCGCCUAAGCCAACUACUCGUCCACCUCCACCAGUGACUCGUCCACCCCCACCCAGGACGACACGUCCACCAGUGCCAGUGACGAAACCACCUCCAACCUACUUGCCACCCACCAAUAAGCCACAACCACCUGCGCCUAAGCCAACUACACGUCCACCACCACCAGUCACUCGUCCUCCUCCACCACCAGUGACUCGUGUUCCACCCCCACCAGUGACACGUCCACCUCCACCACAGCCAAAACCAACCCCUAAGGAUGAAGGCUACAAAUACCCCGUGCCAAGCAUUCCUUUUGAAUACUAAGUGUCAACUGUAACAGUUGUCUUGCCCAAUUUUAUGAUAAGAGAGAUAGCCUGCGAUUUUUAAAAGUUAUACAACAAAGUCGUGAAGCUCCUUAACGCCGAAAGCUAAAAAUCUAGCGAUGUGGUACCAAGAUUCAAACUAGGGCUAGAUUUAUCUAGUCAAAACAUUAUGAGAAGGUUAUUUUUGCUUUCGACUCCAAAAGAGCUGUAGCAAGAAUUCCAAAUGUGUUUUCUUUUUGUUUUAUGCUUAAAAAUACUCUUACAGUUAGAAAUACUUAUUUUAUAAAAAAAAUUACGAUUUUGUUUUGUAUUUUGGAUGUAACUUUUCAAUUUUUGUAAGCCAAAAUGUCAAUGUAUGAAAGAGUUUAUUGAAACCAAUAAA